AUGGGUGAACAGGCGCCGGUGCCAUUGCCAUCAUCACCAUGCCAGGGCCCAGGUCAUCAGACGGCCCUGCACAGAGCCGCCAUGGUGGGGAACAGCGACACCAUGGCUGCUCUGAUCAAGGGAGGCUGUGCUGUGGACCUGCAGGACAGGGACGGCAACACUGCGCUGCAUGAGGUGUCCUGGCAUGGUUUCUCUAACUGUGUCAAACUGCUGGUCAAGUCAGGAGCUGAUGUACACAUCAGGAACAAGGCAGGAAACACGGCACUCCACCUGGCUUGUCAAAAUGCACACGCUCAGACCGCUCGCCUCCUGCUGCUCGGAGGAUCUACACCAGACACCAAGAACCACGUGGGUGACACCUGUCUGCAUGUAGCGGCUCGCUACAACAACCUGACACUGGUCAAACUGUUGCUCAGUUCUCUGUGCUCAGUGACAGAGAGAAACCAGACGGGGGACACAGCUCUCCAUGUGGCCACUGCUCUGAACCAUAAGAAGACAGUCCAGCUCUUACUGGAGGCGGGGACUGAUGGCAAAAUCAGAAAUCAUGCAGGUAAAACAGCUCUUGACAAAGCCAGAGAUAACAACCACAAAGAUCUGGCACAGUUCCUGGCCAGAGCACCUCAGGUGCAUCGUUUCAUGCGCGGAAGAACUAUAAGGAAACGAAGAGAGAGACUCACAGCUGAUCGCAGGAGCCAAUCUGUCACCAGAUUAGAAAUUCUACCAAACAAAGACAGCAGCUCUGCAGUGGAGGAAACCCCCAGCAGUGAAAAAAUGGAGAACAGAACCAUCACUAAAGUGGCUCCUCACCAGCAGCCGCCUCAUCAUCACAAAACCCCUGCAGCCGCCAUCAGCAGCCCCAACAGCCACCGAAAGAGAAGGAGAGCCAGGGAACAGGCUUUGAAAGGAAAUGAUGUGAGAAAAGGCAAAAAAGACUUCAACAUUAAGGAGAAUCUGCUGUGGGAUGAUUUUGAAGAUUUCGCAGAGAAUGGAAAAAUGUAUCAGCUGUACACACUAUACCGAGACAAGGACGGCAACAUUAGACAGGCUCCAGCCUAUGGAUGCCACUGUAAGCCCCUGCUCAAGAAGCUGGAGGGCCAACUGAAGGCCACGCAGGAGGAGAUGAGGCUGCACAUCCUCAACAUCCAGGAGCAGGUCAACUGCAGACUGGGCAAAAUGGACAGCAGGAACAGACACCAGAUGAAAGUGUUGGACAUGCUGAGUCAGGAAAGAGCUGCAGCAGAGAGGAAGAACAUGAUUUAUAAGAUCGAGCAGAGAGCUGCGCAGGGAAGAGAGGAAGCCCUCAUGACUCAGGCUGCAGUGAGUCAUGAGCUGAAGAGAUGGUGUAUGUCCCAGCUGAAGGACAUGGAUGUCCACAUCUCAGCCAAAAGCCAAUACUACAAGCUCCUCCCGUCCCAGUCUUUGGAGCAGUCUGUGGCAGACGCUGACCUGGAAUCACUCCCCCUGCUGUCUUUAGUGUCCGGAGACAGCAGCACUUCACUGGCCACCUACGUCAACAUCCUGCCGUCUAAAUCCACCUACAGCGUGGGAGGCCCGGAGCAGGAGCAGAUAGGGAGCAGGACGUACUUUGAGAUGAAGGUGGACAGAUCACCAGACGACUACGAGAACACAGCGCUGUUCCCUCUCCAUGCCAGCCCCACCCCAGGCCUCCUGCUGGGCUCUGUGGACCCCGUCUGGCAGCCUCCAGCAGUGCAGGACAGCUGCACAGCAGCACUGAGGCCUCUGUGUGCGGAGGGUUUCUCAAGCAGCAGCAGCCAGUCCAGCAUCAGCAACCAGGGAGGCAGACUGAUCCAACAUCAGGAGCACGGCUCUGACGGACAAGACAGAAAACACUUUGGAGAGCUGAUGUGUGCAAGCAGGCAUACGGCGAUGCACACUGAGGGCAGCAGAACACUGGAGUUCUUCAUCGACCGUCCCGCUGAGCCCACACUCAGGCAGGAAAGGAACAAUCAGCACGCCAUGGAGGUGACUCAGCGUUUUUUUGAGACGGUGUCAACUCAGUUGGAACGCUGGUACGAGAGGAAGAUCAUGGAGGUGGAGCAGCAGACGGAGCUCAGAGCCCAGCAGGACAAUAAGGAGCUGCUGCAGCAAAUAAGCAUGCUGGAGGAGGAGCUUGAGAAGCUGAAGACCAAUGAGAAUGCAGAAAGCCCAUGCACCCUGACAGUGACUAAUGAUGAAGAAGGAUUGGCAUAG